AAGAGAGAAAGAGGGGUGGGAGGAGGGAGGUAGUAAGAGAGAGAAAUAAAAAUGGAAAUAAGAAAAGAAAUUUCGAAUACGUCUCGCAAUAUAACUCGGCUCGCAUCGCAGCUGAUCGCGAUGAUUUGCAUGUUGACUCCGUAAUUCCAAAUGGAAACUAAGAAGAAGAACUAGGAGCGUCAGUCCUCAAGAAGGUAGAAUGAAUCGGUUCUCAGGUGUAAAACCGGCUGGGCGUCGGCGCGGCUGCUGCCAGAAGAAAGAGACGGAAAAAGGGGAAAAAAAGAAGUAGCGACGGGGGUUCAGGGAGCAAGGAGGGAGAUAAGGUAAAAGAACGAGAGAGAAAGAGAGCGAGAGAGAAGAGAAGGAGGAGGAGGAGAAAAGGCGACUCGAUCUCUCCGAGUGCCUCUGGCUUACGGUGGGGUGCACCGACCGCACCCCCUCGGCGUCCUCAUCCCACCAAUGAUCUCCUACCUCAGUGCUGUACAUUACUAUACAUAGAACAUAACAUUAUAACACAGAUAUUCGUUCUAUUCUUUUGCAAUUCCUCUAAAUCAUAAUGGAGAAAAAUAAAAAAUAGGUUGAAAUCAAAGGGAAAUAUUCUUUUAUCUGGAACGUUGGCAAAUACUGAAGAGAAAAAGUUUUCAAAUCGUUUGAAAAUAAAUGUUCCAGAGUGUUUGAUCUUGAACGGAGAGGGUAUACGAAAUACUAACUACAAACCUGUGAGAUUCAACACACACACACAUACACACACAUACCACAGUCCUAACCAAGUCUCCUACGUUCAACCUGCGCGUCGCAGGCUCGCUGGUAGGUACGAUAACCGUGAGCUCCCCACCCAGUUCUCAAUCUCUCUCUUCUUCUCUCUAAUUCUCUCUCUAACUCUCUCUCUGUUCCUCUCCUGCUAUAUUUCCGAGCGGCAUGAGAAAAGGAAGGGAACCGGCGAGGUCCGGUCGCUCAGCAUCCAGCAGCAGCGCUACCAGCGGCAGCCGAAUGGAAAGACAGACUUCCAAGAAUAUCCGAUAUGCCGACGGAUCUAGUCGUGACGCCGGCUUCGGCCACGGCUUCCGAAGAAUCCAGCAGAGGUCGUGACCUGCCACUUGGUCCGUCCUCACGAUCCGCAUCAUCAUCUUCAGGGACAUCGUCCUCAGCAUCUUCCGGACAAUCGUCUUCCUCCAGAGGAUUCGAUCCUUCUAGUGCUCUCGCGGCUUAUCAUCAACAUCGACAUGGAUUGGUGACUGGGCUGGGCCAUCCUCAUCAUCGCGAAUCAUCUGCAUUCGUACCCGUCGUACCUUCCAGAUUGCAUCUCGCACCUUAUCCCGGCGAGAUGCAUCCUCAUCUUCCCGGAUUACCACCUUCCUCCUCUAACAACGGAAAUUCGGACCACGAAGUUGGUCCCGAACAAUCCGUGGCAAGAAAAGGAUCGUCUAGUUACGAGAUAAUGGCUAUGAUGGCUGAUAAAAGAAAAGAAUUAGCAGCGAGAGCUCUACUUCUCCCACCCCCACCUCUUUUAGAACCACCACCCGGAUACCCAGUUUUUGCAGGCCCUUUCCCUGGUAGUUCCGCUCUUUAUCCUCCUGGUGGACCAUUGGCUCAUCAGCAUCUCGAUCGAAGAUUAUUGAGAGCUCCUGGCAGAGCAUCCAGACCUAAAAAGCAAUUCAUAUGUAAAUUUUGUAACCGCCAGUUUACGAAAUCCUACAAUCUUCUUAUUCACGAAAGGACGCACACGGACGAGAGACCGUAUUCGUGCGAUAUUUGUGGUAAAGCUUUCAGACGACAGGACCAUCUUCGAGAUCACAGGUAUAUCCAUAGCAAAGAAAAACCAUUCAAAUGUGGCGAGUGUGGAAAAGGUUUUUGUCAAAGUCGUACUUUGGCCGUGCACAAAAUUCUUCACAUGGAAGAAUCGCCACACAAAUGUCCUGUAUGUGCGAGAAGUUUCAAUCAACGCAGUAAUUUAAAGACUCAUUUAUUGACGCAUACAGAUCACAAACCGUACGAAUGUACGUCCUGCGGAAAAGUUUUCCGUAGAAAUUGUGACCUAAGGAGGCAUGCACUGACUCAUGCAGUCGGUGACGUUCCUCCUGAAGCCUUGGAAGAGGCACUUAGGGAUGACGAUAGUCCUGAAGAAGAUUGUGGUCCAGAAUCAGGCUCGUCUUUGCCAUCGUCGUCUUCUUCAACGACGAGUUCAUCGUUGGCAAGUACAUCUGGAAAUACUUCUGGUUAUCAAAGUCAGACCCAAUCGAUACCAGGUCCAGCAGCGGCAGCAGCUGCAGCUGCAGCAGCAGUAGCAGCAGCAGCAGCAGGUCCACCACCACCACCUCCACCAUUACCACCACCGCAACCUCCAGCAUCAACGUCGUCAGCACCUGUAUCUGCAGCAACAUCAGCACCAGUUCCAUCGACAACAUCAACACCAACUCCAGUGCCAGCACCUCCGCAUCGACAAAGGCCACAAUUACAGAUCAGAAGAGAUCUCUUACCUUCAACGAUAAAACCUUCAACGAUAACAAGCGGUAGUUCGACUCAUCCGAACACGCACAAUCCUCCAGCAGCAUUGCCACCGCCACCUCCUCUGAUACUCUCGUCGUAUCGUAGAAGACUCGGUUCACCAGGUCCAUCGAGAGUUUUCUUAGAACUUCAGGAACGAGAACGCGAAAGAGAACGAGAAAUCAAACAAAACAGAGAUAGAGAUCAUGAAAGAGAACGCGAAGAGGAAAUUGAAAGGCCACCAAGAGCACCCACUCCUCAGCCACCUCCACCACCUAGGCCUGCACCCACGAGACAAGGAUUUACUAUUGCCGAUAUCAUGCGUCGGUAGAUAUCCAAUUUGUCAAACGUUUUUCAACGAAGAAAAACAACGUAUCUCGAACGUAAUCGAAGAUCAAACAAUUUUCUACUUCCUACGUCUUCCGUACUUUACUUAGAUUUUCAAACUGUACAUACAGAUAUCAAACGUGUUACUUUGAGAAACACGUGCAACUUUAACGAUCAUUAUUAUAAUCAUUAUGUGCCAGCGAAGUAAUAACUCUAGUCGCGGUGCUAUUACAAUCUGAAUUUUUUUUGUUUUUUUUUCAGCAUCAUUUGAAAAGAUGUAUAAAGAAAAGAACGAACAAAAAGUGUUUACGUAGCCGUGCCUUCUUACGUAAAUCAAACUUCGUUUAUGAAUAAGAAAAAAAUAUAUUCGAGAUAUUCGAAAAAAUGCCAAUUUUUAGAAUGUAAAUUGGACGAUAAGAAGUGAAAUUAUUAUCGAAAUGUUACGAAAAUGUGCCUUUUUUCUUUUUUAUUCUAGUGUAUCACAUGUCAAUUAUAUUUAACGCAAAUCGAUUAAAUAUUUGGAAUGAAAAUUUAUGAUAGAAGAGAUACUUCAAGAAUCUAAUAAUAAAUAGUGAUGAGAUAUUUAAAUAAGAGAAAAAGAAAAAUACAAAGAAAAGAGGAAGAAGAAGAAGAAGAAGAAUACAAUAAAAAAAAUUAAAAAAUAUAACAAUGAAAAGACAAUAAGCCAAAGUGCUUUGUCUUUGUCGUAAAUUCUGAAGAAGGGUUAAUGCAAAUUUGGUGGUCACGGUGUAGCCAGUGCCACUGCUGCCACUAUUGCCACGGUGGCAGCAGGUGCAUUACGGUGUCGAAACUACUUUAAUCCCACUUUUAGUACUACCUGCUCCUGCCCCCAUCUAAAAAUAUUCCGACCCUCGAAGAAUGUUGCUUUUUUUUUUCUCCUUUACUUUUGAGGGAAAGAGAGAGAGAGAGAAAGAAAGAGGAACUAUUAAGGGUCCUUUUGUGUUCGACCACAAAAAGGAUCCUUCUGUAGUCUGUGUUAUGCGACCGACCAAAACUACAUUUUCUUCUCGAUAAAAUCCCGUCAAAAUUCUAGGAUGACAAAGAGAAUUAUUCCUUUUUCUUUUUCUUUUUUCCUUUCCCCCCCUCCCCACCCCCCUUUUUGUUUUGUUCUUUAUUCUUUUCUUCUUUAUCUCGGAUAAGCGUAUUUGUAUGUUUAACGAAACUCCGAAAAAUUAGGGAUGAUAAUUUGUGAGAAAAAAAAAUGUCGAAUUUAAGAUGUACGCGCGAAAAAAGUAUCAGUACUUUAUUAAAAAUCAUUUUAUGCGAAGUAAGUAAAACGAAUGACGGAUCAACAAUGGAUCGAAAGUUAUUACAAUGUUUUACUAUUAUUGAUUACGUUCAACUAAACAAAUGGGAAUAUAAUUUUUGAGCUGUUUUACAUUCCACAGAUAAGUGGCGAUUAAAGUGAAAAAUUGUUUUACAAAAAAAUCUUAUGACACAAAAAAAUGUAUAGUGAUAUAUUUACAAUGUACAAUAUACUACGUACAAUGGCAACCGUCCAAGUGAUUCACAUAAAAUUAGCACAAAAACGAGCUAAAUUUCCUGUUAUUUUAUACGUUUUCUGUUUAUGCUAAACAUAAAUAUAUCUAUAUUUUUAGAUUUAUACGAGCGUUAAGUAAGUUUGUAAAUUAUAUAUUAAGGACAGAUGAAAAAUAAAAAAAAUGAUACUACA